AUGUCGGCGCUGGGGGCGGCGGAGGCGGCAGCGGCGGCGGCGGGGGGUGGCGGCCCCCUGUUCCGGCCCCUCAGCGCCGAGGACGGCGAGCAGCGGCCGGCCGAGAUCGAAUCCCUGUGCAUGAACUGCUUCCGCAACGGGGUGACGCGGCUCCUGCUCACCAGGAUCCCCUUCUUCAAAGAGAUCAUCGUCAGCUCCUUCGCCUGCGACAGCUGCUCCUGGUCCAACACGGAGAUCCAGUCCGCGGGCAGGAUCCAGGAGCAGGGCGUGCGCUACACCCUGGCCGUCACCUCCCGUCAGGACAUGAACAGGGAGGUCGUGAAGACCGACUGUGCCACGGCUCGAAUUCCGGAGCUGGACUUCGAGAUCCCUGCUUUCACCCAGAAGGGAGUUCUUACCACCAUCGAAGGGAUAAUUGACAGAGCUGUUGCAGGCCUGGAGCAGGAUCAGCCCGUCCGCAGGGCGACGGACGAAGAGGUGGCGAGUAAAAUAGAUGAGUUCAUUGGUAAACUAAAGCAGCUGAAAGAAGUGCAUUCCUCCUUCACCUUUAUCAUAGACGAUCCUUCAGGGAACAGCUUUGUGGAGAACCCUCGCGCACCGCAGAAGGAUGACGCUCUUGUGGUCGCUCGCUACAGGAGGACUCCCCAGCAGGCUGCCAUGCUGGGACUGGAGGGAGAGGAGUUGGAUGAGACGCCAGCUGAUUCUGCGGAGGAUCUGAGGAACGAGGUACUGCAGUUCAACACCAACUGCCCCGAGUGCAAUGCUCCAGCGAACACAAACAUGAAGUUAGUGCGUAUCCUUUGCGCAGGCGCAGACCGGAAUCCCCACUUCAAGGAAGCCAUUAUCAUGGCCACGAACUGCGACUCCUGUGGGCACAGGACAAAUGAGGUGAAGUCCGGAGGAGCGAUCGAACCGCAAGGCACCAGGAUUACCCUUCGGAUUACAGACCCUUCCGACAUGACGAGGGAUAUCCUAAAGUCGGAGACGUGCAGCGUGGAGAUCCCAGAGCUGGAGUUCGAGCUGGGGAUGGGAGCGCUGGGGGGGAAAUUCACCACGCUGGAAGGGCUGCUGAAGGACAUCGGAGACCUGGUUGAGAGAAACCCCUUCACCCUGGGGGACAGCUCGACGCCCGGCAGAACGGAAAAGCUGCAAGAGUUCGUUGGGAAACUGCGUCAGAUCAUAGAGGGAAAGGCAACGGCUCACUUCAUCAUGGAUGACCCUGCAGGCAACAGCUAUCUUCAGAACGUGUACGCCCCGGAAGAGGACCCGGAGCUGAAAGUGGAGCGCUACGAGCGUACGUUCGAGCAGAACGAAGACCUGGGCCUGAACGACAUGAAGACGGAGGGCUACGAGUCGGAGGGAGCCUCGGGCCGGUAGCCGGCCGCAGCCGAAACCCCUUCAGCCUCUUUUUUUUUCCGCUGCCCCCCACCCUGACGUCUCCGGGGACCAAGGACUCUGUCGGGGCCGGGACCCCUCUCCCCUUCCCGGGAUGUGUGCCUGCCCCCGGGGAAAACCGCUGCAGCCGGAGGCAGCGGGGGAUGGAGGCGUGCUGCUGAUGUGUCGGGGGGGGGUGUGUGUGUGUGUGUGAAUUGGGGUGCCCUCGGGGCUGUCACCCCCAAAUAAAAGCUGAUUAACAGGG